UUGCAAAUUGAAACAUUAUUUCAGUACGCAAAUGAUAACAACACUAGGACUAAAGUAGAAAUUCAACGUGCUGCGCAACAACUUCUUGGUGGAUUAUUUGGAGUCAUAUGUGGAAGCGAUGAUUUCGCAUACAUCAUUCAGACUAAUGACUUUUGUCAACACCGUACUGCGAAUACUACUUGUUAUGUGUUCAGAUCAAAAAUGAUUUACUGA